AAAAAGAGCUGAGCAGAGCUAGGGACUGCAUGGUGGCUUCAGAAACGGCUUCCUUAAUUCAAAGAUAACAAUGGUUGGGAAGGCCAGAUCUUCUAAUUUUACCUUAUCUGAAAAGCUCGAUUUGCUAAAACUCGUGAAGCCGUACGUUAAAAUUCUUGAGGAACAUACUAAUAAGCAUUCUGUAAUAGUGGAAAAAAACAAAUGCUGGGAUAUCAUAGCUGAUAACUACAAUGCCAUCGGAGUAGAUCGCCCUCCUCGUACUGCACAGGGCCUGCGCACGCUGUACAAGAGGCUCAAAGAAUAUGCCAAACAGGAGCUAUUGCAGCAAAAGGAGACUCACUCAGAUUGUAAAAGCAGCAUUUCCGAGCCAACCAAGAAAGUUGUGGAGAUGAUUCCACAGAUUUCCAAUGUGUGUUUAAGAGACAGGAGCGGUGUUCAAAGUGCUAGUAUCGAUAAAGAAACAAUUGCUGGUACCAGUUCACCACAGGCAAUGUUGGAUCACCAUCCUGCGACAGUCAUGAUGGAAUUGCAAUCAGAAGAGGAUGUCAAACCUCCUCCUUCUUUGCUUAUAGACUCACAGCAAAAUGAGAACUUGGAACAAGGGGAAGAACACCAGCUGGUGCAUAUAAUGGAAAGGUCUCCUUCAACAUCAGUAUCUUCAGUUGAUAUGAGAGUGAUGAUGUCUCCCUCUCCUGUACCAAGAAGAGAUGAAUUUUUUAGGCUUGAGGUUGGGGAACGUUUUAGACCAAUGUGUGGUUAUGACCCACAGAUGUUACAAAUGCUGAAAGAAGAGCAUCAAAUAAUUUUAGAAAAUCAAAGAAAAAUUGGUCUUUAUGUCCAAGAAAAAAGGGAUGGUUUGAAAAGAAAGCAGCAACUAGAAGAAGAACUGUUGCGAACAAAAAUCAAAGUAGAGAAGCUGAAGGCAAUACGACUACGCCGUGAUCUGCCAGAAUACAGCAAUAUCUAAAUAUUUUAUUACUUCUGUCAUAUUCUUUGAAAUACUUAAUAAUAAAUGCUUUUGCCCCAGCAAAAUCGUUCCUGAUGUUAAUAUGGAUGGAUCAAAAUCUGGGCUUGAGAGACAAAAGCAUAUUUUCCAUGUUGAUGUUUAUGUACCUUACAAAAUACCUCAUACGGGUUUGAAUGCACCAACUUUUCUGAUCUGAAGUAUAAUUAAAGCUUGUACAGUUAAGUGUUUUGGUUGAUAAAAAUCCAAACUUCAAAAAUCUUUCCACUUCUUUCUUUCUUUUAGAGUUAUGAUGAGCUAAUGCAAAUUUAGCUCUGUUAUUUUUAAAAAUUCUGAUCAUAUACAUUAUUUUUUCAAAUAAUCAUUUAAUAUCUUGAUGAAGUUACAGGUUAAUACAUACAAAAAGGAGGAAUAAGAGGCUUAAAUGUUUUAUUCCUUUCAAGUUGGUAAAUCUUCCAACAGUGAUGAGAUUUUGUUGAUAUAUGAUUCUUUAUCAGCUUGGAAAACAAAGUUACUGGAUUGUUAUAUUUUUUUAAUGUUCAGUGGACAGUUGAGUAAAUGCACAUCUUUUUAAAAGUUGCUAUUUUUUGUUGUUUCAAGUGGAGGAGUGUUUCCAUAGGAUGUUAUCAGAAUAGAGACAGUGAAUGCAACGCUUGGUUUUUAACUGCAUGCAUGUGUAAUUUGUGUGUACAGUUACCACGAUCAUAUAUUCAGUUAUAGUAAUUAUACUGGUGAUCAACCACAGAAAUGUCUAAUUUCUUCAUUUGCAUGCAUAAUUACUAGAGUGCAUGUGCAACCAAGACAAUUGCAGGUGCCUUUGAUCAAUAUCUCUAUGACUGUAAGCUACUGAAAUGAAAUAGUGUCUGUAUGUAAGUAACAUGUGACUUGAAAGCAACAGAGGUUUAUGUGUUAUUCUGGGUACUUUUUAGAAAUGGUGUUGUUCUGGUCUUUCAAUUAGUUUCAAAUAAAAAG